AAACCCCAGUUCUCUCACUACAUACCAUCACCUCAGCUUCACUCCUUCUCUCCCCAAUGUCUGUAACUCUCCAACCUAGUAAUUCCCUAGGGUUCAAUCGACCCCUCACCCAGACCGUCAAACGCUCCCUCGCCAUAACCAACCCUAAUGCUCAGCCAGUUGCGUUCAAAGUCAAGACCACGGCGCCCAAAUUGUAUUGCGUGCGACCCAAUUCAGGAACAGUGGAACCAGGAGAGACGGUGGAAGUUCAAGUCAUGCUCCAGGCCAUGAAAGAGGAACCUCCGCUCAAUGUCAAAUGCAAGGACAAAUUCUUGAUUCAAAGCACUCUCAUCACGCCCGACAAGGGAGCCUCACACGACAUUUGGACUGUCUCCGAAGGAGAGGAUCCGGACAAAAUCAAAUCUCAAAAGAUCAAAGUCGUGUACUUGCCGCCAGACGGACAAGUCGUGGAAGAGGAGGAUGAAGGUCAUGCGAACCAGCCUUCGAUGAUUAUUCCCGGCCCAUCGAGAUAUGAGACCGUGCGAGGAGCACCAUCAGUUGCACGCCCUGCAGAGUCAAUCAUGCAACGCUCAUUAACUCCGCCCGCUGACUUUAGCGCCGCGCGCGAGGACGUGCACGAAGAGCCUGUUGUCGUCCCCGAAUCGCACUCCGGCAACGUGGGCGUGGUAAACGUGAACGUGCACACGCCGCAACCACCCACCCCACCUGCGGCACCCGUACCGAUCCCCGUUCCUCCUGUCGUCGAUCCAAAUCCCCAGCUCCUCGCUAAGCUGAAAGAAAUGCAGUCCGAGAACCAGCGACUCCGCGCACUGCUUGCUGCUGUCCCCGACCCCAGUUCCGUCGCAUCCAGCGGGACAAGCCCAACGGAGCUCAGACGGCGACACAGGCCUACGUCGGACGACGGCACAACAACGGUGGAGUCUGACGUGGGGACGUAUUACGACGAUGGUGCUUUGCAAGCAGAAGGCGUGCCAUUGCAAGUUGUCGUUAUCAUCGCGCUCCUCAUCUUCAUCACAACAUAUCUAUUCUUCUGAUCGGUUUGGCCCUUCUUGUUAGCCCUAUGAUGGAUAUGGUUUAUAGCGCAUGAUCGGUGUGGUGUCCCUUGUGUCUCGCCCCGCGUCAUGUUCUUAUGCAUGCGUACUUUUCUCAUCUUUCGACUACUUUUGUUGAUUCGGGUAAUCUGUCUAGAUGUACAUACAUAUAACACAUCCUGCCUCAGUCGUCUUCCAACUUUGACUCACAGCAACCUUGACUCGCAGAAACAUCUUGUCCCCUCCAGCUGCUCUGCGUUUCGAAUUCUCGGCAUCUCUUUCCUUGUACAUAUCGACUCCAUCGCACUCGUUCCUUGAUAAAUAUGUAUAUGUUCCUCAGUUUCUCCGUCCUAUCCAUACCCUUUUUUAUUUC